ACAAAUGGCCACCAAGAAGGCGGCAGACUCGACUUUGUACCAUCUCAGCCCGAAGGGCUUUUGGAAGAAAUUCCGGGAUGCGGUGGUCGUGAACCCGGAGAUCUCGAGUGGUAUCCCACUCCCUCAUCUUAACCGCUAUCCCCAGCCUGCUUCACGGCCAGAGAAGUAUGCUACGCCAGCGACGAAAGCCUCCGACCCCGCACAGAAUCCGUAUUGGAAGCGUGACGUCCGACGCGCAUACCCCCAGCUCUCGGUCAUCACUCAGACGGAGCUGUCCUCCCUCCUCCUUCAGCAGCCCGAGAAUCAAGCCCUUCUCGGCGCGCCGUCAGAGGCGAAGGAGGGCGAGCAAUCAUCCGUCCCUGCUACUUCCAAAGCUCCCGUUGAUCUAACAUCUGCCAUCGCUACCAUCACCUCUGCUCGCAAGGCUUACUCUGAGUCGAAGCUCCCACCUCAGCUCCCGAUCCCUUACAGGAAAUGGGUGCCCCAGAGAGCUGAGGACGCGCCUCACGACCCGAAUGCGUAUUUCCCUAUGAUCCUUGUCAAAUAGAUGGCUAUUGUCGUCCGUUGUCCCAUAUCAUUGCAGCACCUCCCAAGCUGUGUGACGUC